AUGACCCUCUUCUACCCAGCCGAAACAGCCCCUCACAAAGCCACUAUUCUCGGCUUCCCGUCUAGCCACGCUGUGCCAAGGGAGUUGCUCAACCAGACACGCAACGAGAUCAUGGAUCUGGCAGUUGUCAUCUCUGAGUUCGAACCUGUGCGCGUACAUGUACGGCCUGAGGAUGAAAAUCUCGCUAGACAGAUUUUGAAUGAACGAUUUCAAAAGCUCGAGGAUAUCAAUAUCAACAACAAAACCAAGAAAGCCCAUAAGCGCUUCGAGGAUAUACCACAAUACCAACUCUCCCGCAUAACCUUCCACAAAACCCCCACAAACCAUCCUUGGGUCCGCGACACAGGCCCAGUCUACGUUCUCGACAAAACCAACUCAUCCCGCCGCAUCGCUAUCGACUUCGGCUUCUGCGAAUGGGGCGGCAAGAAUUCCCGCGAGAUAGACGUCCGCAACGAACCACUCGGCCAAGAAUCCGACGGACAAGCCGAUGAGCGCUCACCAGUCUCCAGAAAAGGCUACGCGGCACCUGAUAUUCGACACUGGGAAAAUGCGCGGUUUGCAAAGAGGGUGCUAGAACAGGAGUUUGAUAUUGAUGAGCAGGAGAUGAAUAACGGAACGAAGGUGGAAAGAGUUGUGUCGCCACUGCGCCUUGAAGGUGGAGCUCUCGAGGUUGAUGGCGAGGGGACGUUCCUGGCGACUGAGAGUUCUAUUAUCUGUCCGCACCGCAAUCCUUCGAGUUCUCUCAGCACUAGGGAUGCUGUUGAGUCGCAUUUGCGCGCUCUUCUGGGGGUUAGUAAGAUCAUCUGGUUCCCUGGGCGGACGGGGUUGGAUAUCACGGAUUGUCAUGUUGAUGGGGAGGUGAAGUUCAUUGAGCCGGGUGUUGUGGUGCAGAACAAGCCGCAUCCGAAGACCGGAAAGGUGGAGAUGGAGAUCUAUAAAGAGAUCAAGGCGAUCCUGGGCCGGGAGACGGAUGCGCAGGGGCGGAAGAUUAGGGUUGUGGAGCUUGAGGCGGCGGAUCCGGAUCUGGUGGAGAAAGAGCAAGAAGAGGCGGCAGGAACGUAUGUCAACUUUUACUUUGUGAAUGGGGGACUGAUUGUGCCUGCGUUUGGGGAUGGGAAGCGGGAUCGAAAGGCUGUUGAGACGCUGCGUGCGUUGGUUUCGCCGGAGCGCAAGAUUCGGCAGGUUUAUGUCUCUGCUUUGCCUCUCAUGGGGGGUGUGGUGCAUUGUGUCACUCAACAGGUUAUCUGA